AUGAUUUUGGUAUUGAUUAUUAGUAUGAUCAUUGCUCUUGCCAUUAAAGAUUGGAUUUCCGGUGGAGUCAUUGCUGGGGUGAUUUUAAUUAAUGUUAUUAUUGGGUUUGUCCAAGAGUUAAAGGCUGAAAAAACUAUGGGAUCAUUAAGAAAUUUAUCUUCCCCCACGGCAAGAGCAACUAGAAAUGGUGAUGAUCUUACUAUCCCAGCCGAAGAUGUUGUUCCUGGUGAUAUUGUUCAUGUCAAAGUUGGCGACACUGUUCCGGCCGAUAUUCGAUUGUUUGAUUGUAUGAACUUAGAAACUGAUGAAGCCUUGUUGACUGGUGAAUCAUUGCCAGUAGCAAAAAAUUAUCAAAUAGUUUAUGAUGAUUAUUCUGUGCCAAUCCCAGUUGGUGAUCGUUUGAAUUUGAUAUAUUCUUCAUCAAUAGUCUCAAAGGGAAGAGGUUCCGGUAUAGCUAUUGGAACAGGAUUGAAUACGGAAAUUGGUUCCAUUGCAAAAUCAUUGCAAAGUGACAAUGGGUUGAUUAGAAAAGUCGAUAAAUCAAAUGGACGUCAACCACAAAAAAGAGAAUAUUUCCAUGCCGGGUUGGGAAGUAUUUAUGAUAUUGUUGGUAACAUUUUAGGUGUCACUACUGGAACUCCUUUACAAAAAAGAUUAUCCUGGUUGGCAAUUUUGUUGUUUUGGGUGGCAGUGGUAUUUGCUAUUGUUGUUAUGGCAUCUCAGAAGUUCCAUGUCAAUAAAGAAGUGGCCAUCUAUGCCAUUUGUGUUGCAUUAUCAAUGAUUCCUUCUUCACUCAUUGUUGUUUUAACAAUAACUAUGGCGGUUGGCGCCCAAGUAAUGGUUACUAAAAAUGUUAUUGUUAGAAAAUUAGAUGCAUUAGAAGCAUUGGGAGGAAUUGAUAAUAUUUGUUCAGAUAAAACCGGUACUUUAACUCAAGGUAAAAUGAUUGCCAAAAAAGUUUGGUUACCAAAUGUUGGUACAUUGGACGUACAAAAUUCCAAUGAACCAUACAAUCCAACUAUUGGAGACAUCAAAUACUCUCCAUUUUCACCAAAGUUUAUUAAAGAUACCGACGAAGAAAUUGAUUUCAAUAAACCAUAUCCUGAUCCAAUGCCUGAAUCUAUGCACAACUGGUUGGUGACUGCCACUUUGGCCAAUAUUGCUACAGUGAAUCAAAUAAAAGAUGAAGAAACAGGAGAAUUAUUUUGGAAAGCUCAUGGAGAUGCUACAGAAAUUGCCAUUCAAGUCUUUACUACAAGAUUAAAUUUUGGUCGUGAAUCAGUUGCCCAAGGCUAUGAACAUUUAGCUGAAUUCCCAUUUGAUUCUUCGAUCAAAAGAAUGUCUGCCAUCUAUAAAAAAGGUAAUGACGCUAGAGUUUAUACCAAAGGUGCUGUUGAGAGAGUUUUAGGGUUGUGUGAUUACUGGUAUGGUGAAAGGACUGAAGACAAUUACGAUUCUCAAACUUUGAUCAAAUUAACUGAAGAUGACAUCAACUUAAUUGAAGAAAAUAUGGUUGCUUUAUCAUCACAAGGUUUACGUGUAUUGGCAUUUGCAACUAGAGAACUUGGUGACGCUGAUAUAAAUGAUCGUGAACAAGUUGAAUCACAUUUGAUUUUCCAAGGUUUAAUUGGUAUUUAUGACCCACCAAGAGAGGAAACUGCCCCAUCUGUGAAAUUAUGUCACAGAGCCGGUAUCAAUGUUCAUAUGCUUACUGGUGAUCAUCCAGGUACAGCCAAGGCUAUUGCUCAAGAGGUUGGUAUUUUGCCACGUAAUUUAUAUCAUUAUAGUGAAGAUGUGGUUAAGGCAAUGACAAUGACUGCUAAUGAAUUUGAUGCUUUAAGCGAUGAGGAAAUUGACAAAUUACCUGUUUUACCUUUAGUCAUUGCUCGAUGUGCACCAAAGACUAAAGUUCGUAUGAUUGAUGCCUUACAUAGAAGAAAGAAGUUUGCUGCUAUGACUGGUGAUGGUGUCAAUGAUUCUCCAUCUUUGAAGAAAGCCGACGUUGGUAUUGCCAUGGGAUUGAAUGGGUCAGAUGUUGCUAAAGAUGCUUCUGACAUUGUAUUAACUGACGAUAAUUUUGCUUCAAUUUUGAAUGCCAUUGAAGAAGGUAGAAGAAUGUCAUCAAAUAUUCAAAAAUUUGUAUUACAAUUGUUGGCGGAAAAUGUGGCACAGGCUUUAUAUUUGAUGAUCGGUUUAGCAUUUAUUGAUGCUUCCGGGUAUUCAGUUUUCCCAUUGAGUCCGGUCGAAGUUUUAUUUGUUAUUGUUAUCACAAGCACAUUUCCUGCUAUUGGGUUAGGAUUCUGUGGUGCCGAUGAUGAUAUUCUUGAAAAGCCACCAAGUAGUACCAUUUUCACAUGGGAAGUCAUUAUAGAUAUGUUUGGAUAUGGGUUUAUAAUGGCAGUUUCUUGUUUAUUAUGCUUUGUGAUUAUUGUUUAUGGAGCCGGUGAUGGUGAUUUAGGAGUCAAUUGUAAUUCUAUUGAUGCAAACACCAAUACUUGCUCUUUAGUUUUUAAGGGGAGAUCUGCUGCUUUUAGUGUAAUGACAUGGUGUGCCUUGGUGUUAUCUUUAGAAUGUCUUCACCCAAGAUCAUCGGUUUUCCAUUUCCCAACUCGAGAUCUUUGGGCCAAUCAAUUUUUACUUUGGUCGAUUCUUGGUGGGAUUGUUUCUGUUUUCCCCGUUAUUUAUAUCCCUGUUAUCAACACUAAAGUAUUUUUACAUAAAUCUAUUACUUGGGAAUGGGGUGUUGCAAUUGGUUGUACCUUAUUGUUUUUAUUAGGAGCUGAGGUUUGGAAAUGGGGUAAACGUAUAAUUUCAAGAACAGCAAAGGCUAGCAAUCCUGAAUAUGAAUUGGAGAGAAAUGAUCCAUUUCAAAAGUACGCAUCAUUUAGUAAAUCCAAUACGAUGGUGGUAGUAUAG